GUCCCUUCUGCCCUCCUCUCCCCUUUUUAGUAGAAAAAAAAGGAAUCCAGGACCAUGGCGCUCCUAUGCCUGCACUCUAACUCCGCUCGGUUCUUCCCCUCACCUCCUCUCCCGUCGCCUCCUCCCAACGCCACCCGCCGCGCCGGCGUCGGUUUCGCCGUCUUCUCCUCCCAUUCCAGUCCCCGCAUCCUCAAAUCCAACCGCAGGUCGCGGUCCGGCCGGCGGACGUCCCCUUACGACGAUGACGAUGACGGCGGCGAAGAGGAUAGCGAAGAAGAGGAGGAGGCAUUGCCAUCCGAUGACCAUUUUGCAGAUUUUGAAGCCAGUCAACAAGCCCAAAGAGAACGGAUGAAAAGAAGAUUCUCAAAAACCAGACAAAGCCCGAAGCGAGCAUAUUGGUCCUCUGAUGCACAUGACAUAGUCAUCCCAAGGAAAACAAAUUCACCAGACUACUACCGUACUGCAGGCAGAACAUCCAAAAAGGAUGCUGUGGAGUUGGAUAGCAAAGAAAAGCUGAAGAAUGGAAAAUUUACUAAAAGCAGGUUCCAAAAACUUGUAGAGGAACUUGAUUUUGAUGAGAAGUGGUUCCCGAUAAUUGAAUACUUGAGCACAUUUGGAUUGAAAGAAUCCCAUUUUGUAUCCAUCUAUGAGAGGCAUAUGCUUUGCCUGCAGAUGAACCUGGCUUCUGCGAAGGAAAGAUUGGAGUUUUUGUUGAGUGUUGGUGUCAAACAUAGAGACAUCAAAAGGAUACUUAUGAGGCAGCCCCAAAUUCUGGAGUAUACUGUUGAAAACAAUCUGAAGUCCCAUGUUGCCUUUUUGGUUAGCAUUGGAAUUCCAGAUUCGCGAAUAGGUCCAACAAUUACUGCUGCUCCAUCUUUAUUCUCUUACAGUGUCGAGCAUUCUCUAAAGCCAACAAUCAGGUAUUUGGUUGAAGAAGUAGGUAUCAAGGAAAGUGAUGUCAGCAAAGUGGUGCAGCUGAGCCCCCAAAUUUUGGUCCAAAGGAUUGAUAACUCAUGGACUUCUCGCUUCUCCUUUCUAUCAAGGGAAUUAGGGGCACCCAGAGAUAAUGUAGUCAAGAUGGUCACCAAGCAUCCACAGCUCCUUCAUUACAGCAUUAAGGAUGGAAUAUUGCCUAGAAUCAACUUUCUUAGGGGCAUUGGGAUGCGUGAUUCUGAUAUCCUGAAAGUAUUAACAAAUCUUACGCAGGUAUUAUCUUUGUCGUUGGAGGGGAAUCUGAGGCCCAAGUAUCUUUAUCUGGUUAAUGAACUUCACAAUGAGGUGCACUCCCUGACAAAAUAUCCCGUGUACUUAAGCUUGUCUCUGGAGCAACGGAUUCGACCUCGUCACAUGUUCUUGGUUUCCCUAAAGAAGGCUCCAAAGGGUCCAUUUCCUCUGAGCUCGCUCGUUCCUACUGAUGAGUGUUUCUGUCAACAAUGGGCUGGAACUAGUUUAGAGAAGUAUUUGACAUUUAGACAGCAUUUGCUAAUCGAAGACUUUGCUCGGAUGUAUGAAAGGAAAAGAUAGCUGACCUGCAUUGCCCUCAAAGAAGUGCCAAGGUUACUAAUAAAAUUUCUGGAAGCAUGGCUUGAGUCCCUGGACGGUUUGUUAAAUAUCAGUUUCUUGUUGUUGUUCAGAAGAUUACUUUCUGGAACAACCAAUAUCCAUAGAGCAAAAAUUUAUGUUGUUUAUUUCAUCAUGGUGCUUAUAUAGCUCUUUGGGCUGCUCGGAAGUGGGAGAACGUUCACUAACCAACCACCUGUGUUUACUAGGCAAAGCAAGCAGCUCCACCUCUACCUAUGAGGCUCAUCUCCAGAUCUGCAAACCCAGCUGCUGCAAUGCUAAGUACAAUAAGGAAAAGAUUGCCUUAAUUGGGGAGACUCUUUACAAAUUGGAUUGAAAGUGGAUAAGAAGAUAGAUGUGGAAUGGAAGGUGAUAUAGCUGUGUACCUUUUUGAGUUUGAGAUUGAGCAGGCUCAGAUUUAUUGAGAAGAUUGAAGAGGAAUAUAUUGAAUUUUAGUUUUUGGAUUAGAUUUGUCUUUAUUGGAUUUACGCUUCUACGGUAUGCCUCUUGUAAUUUUGAGUCCUGUUGCUUCUGAUCAGGACUUGCAGGCAUGGUAUGACAUUCUGUAAGCAAGGUGUUGUACUGGUACAACCACCAAAGAUUGAGUAUCAGGUUAUACUGGUGAUCUUGAAGUAGUCUGGUUGUACUGUCCAUUUCGAAAUUAGAGAAUCAAAAUGCAGGAUACAGAUCAUGUUUAAAUUGCAUUUGUGAAGGGAACGAGUUAAAUUCAUUGAACUAAGGCUGUUGUUUUAAGUCAGAAGCACGAGCCCAUCUUCUCGUGAACUAUAUUUGGUGACAAGUGGAUGGGUGUCUUUUGAAUCAGUUCUUUAGCAAGCCUCUCAUUCUGUUUGCCACUUAUGCAACUCUGUGGCAUGGUUGAUGGUGUCCAAGAAAAAAAAAAGGAGCAGAAACUUGAGGUGCAGUCAGUCCAGAAAAAGUGAUUUCUUUGUAUGCUUGAGACUGAAGGUCAUGUUUGUUUUCAUGUUGCUGUUAUUUUUGCCAUUUGGGGCUCUGCUUUGGACCAGUAUAUUUUCAGAGGUUAGCAGUGAAAGACAUCCAUCAGCAAUGAUAGGGUUCAAGUUCCCUGAAAAUACCAAGAACUAGUAACAGUAGCUAAAGGUUGAAUGAAGAACUUGCAGUAUCUUGUUGGGAUUGUUACAUGAAAGGAUUGUUAAAUAUGGGCACAUCUUUUGGCAAAAGCUCCAAAUGAGCCUGCAAUGAUCCAAUCUGUCGACAGAGAUACUUCCAGUUACAAAAUUAGGACCAGUUUCUGGAGUACAUAAUGAAACCUCAGGUCCAAAGGAAGGGAUGUCUCUCAAAAACAGCAGAGAGAAUAAUAAUUUAAAUUAGAAAAAAAAAAGUGCAAUGCAUGGACCAAGUUCCUCCCAGUUGCAGACUUCUAGCAACUUAACCUCAAGAAACAUUGGGCCUUAGUGUGGUCGCAGCAGGUUGCUUUUCGAAGCUACAACUACACGUGAAUUUACACUUGAAACAAACUACAUGUGAAUUUUCACUUGAAGCAAACAUAUCUUCUAAAUGAAUCCUAAAAUCAGUGGAAAAAUGACCUAACAUUUGUACUGGAGUCCAAAAAAUGGCAGCCUUCAUGCGUUCGAUAUCGAUAACCGAACCUACGAUGUUUAUAGCUUGAAACCCAUGUUGGUAUGAUCUAUUUCAAGCCAAUCAUGGCCACAGAUUUAUUAGUGGUUCCCACAUGAUCCAGAAGACAAUCGAUGCAGGAUCUUAUUCAGAUAGAUUCAUAACUUCACCUCAUGAAAACAUUCUUUGGAUAAGCUGUAUCGGCCAAUGGUUUUGAGGCUUGGAUAUGGAUAGCAACCAAACUACCACAGAAACUCAUAAAGAUAUUUUUAAGCUUCAAAUUUUCCAUUGACUCA